AUGGCCGACACUCUUUCUCUCGACGAGAUCCCGACCCUCACAUUGCUCUACAAGUUGAAGAAGAUUGUAGCCAGCGGCGAUGCAGUCCAGUCUCCAUACAAAGCCUCCACUGCCCUGAACGACAAGAUCAGUGUCAUACGGCAAGACAUCACGACCCUGGCCAUCGACGCCAUCGUCAACGCCGCGAAUACUUCCUUGCUAGGCGGCGGAGGCGUUGACGGCGCGAUCCAUCGCGCAGCUGGGCCCGACUUACUACACGAGUGCGAAACGCUGAACGGCUGCGAGACGGGCAGCGCCAAGAUCACAGACGGCUACGAGUUGCCUAGCAACAAGGUCAUCCACGCUGUUGGUCCGAUAUACUGGAAAGAGGGCGCAAAGCGCGCAGCAGAGCUCUUGUCAGGCUGCUACCGCACCAGCUUGGAGUUGGCAGUCACGAAUGGUUGCAAGAGCAUCGCCUUCUCAGCUCUGAGCACUGGCGUAUACGGCUAUCCAAGCGGUGAAGCUAGUAUUGUCGCGCUCGAGACAGUCCGCAAAUUUCUCGAGGAAGAGGGCAAGGCAGAUAAGCUCGAUCGCGUCAUCUUCUGCAACUUCCUCCAGAAGGACGAGGAUGCUUACUUCAAGAAUAUCCCUGACUUCUUCCCACCUGUCGUCUCCGAUUCCAAGGCUCAAGAAGAACAGUCUACCGAACCCUCUGAACUCGCAUCGCAGCUUCCCGACGCACCAACAGCCGACCCAAAAGACGCCGACGAUGCCCAGCAGCCGUCCCCGAAGAAGCAGAAGACUGCCAAUAUCGACGAUGACUUCGUGGUCGUGGAGAAAGAGGACAUCCAGGAGGACAUCCAGCAGGACAAGCCUAAGCCUGAGCUUUGA